UUUCAUUCAGUUACCUCUCGGUACGGGUACUGAACUGUUGCUUGUAUCUAUCUCUCCACCAUCGAAAUCGAAAAAGUGUGAAACAAUUUGAAAAAUACGGCAAAUUAAAACGGCCGACUAAACGAUUCGACCCUGCAGUCGAGUAGCCAAUACUUUUUGUGUGUUAUCCUGUUGUAAUUGAAGUGCUUUCCCUCUCCCCAAUACCCUAGUGUUUUGUGUUUUCUAACAGAUUGGCAGCAGUUCUUUGGAAUUUUCACUAUCCCAGUUUACAACUGAAACUCCAAUAAACAGCAACCCUUUUACCCCCAAUAUGAUUACUGGACAAGUAAAACUCCUAUUUUUACUUUGUAUUCUAAGUAUCCUGCAUGGGAGUUGCGCUCAGUAUGGUCGAGGCGAGGCCCAUGUCAACCCCGAAGACACUGGAUAUACACCAGCCAAUGCUGGAGACACCAAAAAGGUGCUCAAACCCACUGUGCUAAGAACCGAAUUGAGAUUCGGCCGUAAUUUAGAUCCCGAGAAGGUGCGCGUGGUCACAGUGAAGUCAGAUAAAGGCGAUGAUGUCGAAUUGCUGGUAGGCAAAAAUAGUCGCAAAGCUCGCAUUGGAGAAAGCCAAGGCUUUUUCGUACGUUCCUCUGAUGUGCGCAAACCACAAGUGGAGCAGGACAAAGCUGCUAAGAGAUCUUCCGAAGAGUUACUAUUCCCCCACUCAAUGGCUUUGUUGAGGCAACAGGAAUUAGUAAGGGAAGCCAAGGACUAUAAGCAGCGCAAAGAAGAUGCAGAGGCGCGCCAAAAACAAUUGGAGGAUCUGAAAUUGAUAAAGGUGCAAAGUUGGCGCCAGCAAGAAAACUUGGCCAAUCCCAUGGUAGAAAGGGCCAGGGCAGCUCGCCGCAUACGUUUUGAAAAUAAUGAACCCCAACCUUUCUAUGGUCAACAACAGUAUACCGAGGAUAUGUAUUUGUUGCCUCAGCGUGUUCAGCCACAUAGCAGAUCAAAUGUGCAGGCCCCCUCCUAUGUGCCGCUGGAAAGAAGACGCAACUUUUCCUUUCCCUCCGAGGAUGUUAGAUACACCCCCAAUCCCUCAUAUGCACAGGAAAAGCAAUGGCAGCCCAUGGAGGUAAGGGAAUUGCGAAAUCGCAAUUUGAGACAAGUCCAACAACAUUUGGUACCCUCCUCAUUUCCUGCCGAUUUUGGCUACACUCCAACCUUCGCCAGCAGCGAUAAUUAUGAAUCACUCUAUCGUAACUCACGUCAUGUGGCCACCUCGUCCAAUGUCAAUGCCGCCGAAGAGGAACACAACACCCAUAAAUUGCCGGUAAAUCUAAUCACCAAGAAAAACUAUAGCCAGGCCAAAAGACAACCCAUUAGAGUGCCCCAACCCAUAGUGGUGACCUCCUCGACGGCGGUACAAGAAGGUUCGGGCAACAGAAAUUUCCAUGCCCCGUCUGUAACUCAAACUCAAAUCCCUCAACAGCAUGCUCACACACAGUACUCAACUCAGACUUAUAGUCAACAAUUCACACGUCCUCAGACCUCCAUGUCCCUGGUGCAAUCGGAUCAUCAGUCGACCAGCGCCUAUACACGUUCACCACAAACCUCAUCCACUGUCUCUGUAGUCGAUGGGCCCGCUGUCACUGUCAUUGAAGGCAUACGGGUGCCUGAUACUCCUGAGGAUAAGGUGAAAACAUGGCGCAAUGCUCGUGUGCUCAACAAUCAAUUGGUGCCAUAUCCCGAGGGCUAUACACCUCCCAAGGUGCAAAUACAGACUUUCGAUAGAUAGAAACGCCAUCGCCGCAUUUGAUGACGAUGUUGAUGGUUUUGGCCCCUCAAUUGCCUCAAUUGGAGCUCAUUUAAAUCUUGUCCUUUAGAAUUUAUUAUUAUUCUGAUAUUUGUCACUAAAUUUAAUCUUAUUUCUAUUGUACUAUGCCUAGACUUUUAGCUUAACUGCAUAUGUCUGCCUUAUCGUAUUGUUAUUUAUUUGUAAUUUAUUACAAUUUGUUUUAUAUAAAGUUACUAUGUAAUUUAGAUAUUUAAUAAUUAUAUCGAUAUUAAUAAAUAUGUGCUUAAAUAGCUUUUUUAUUCUCACAGAA